ACGAGCAGGGAUCAGGGCUGGGAAAUGGAGUGGGUGGUGACCUCCACAUGGCGGCCACUGAUGGGGCAGUUGUCAGAGUCCAGACCUAUGAAAUGAAGUCGUUGUGUGCGGGCGCUGGAAGCGGGAAGAGGGCGGGCCCAGGAGGGAGGAGGGCUCUACUGUGGGCCGUAUGGACAGCUGUGCAGGUCCUGACCAGAGCACUACAGGAGCUGCCUAGCAGAGAGAGGUUCAGCUUGGCAGUCGGGGAAACGGGGGCAGGAGCGUGGCUCUGGAGACUGAUGGUUGGGGCUGGACCUACCUGGGCCAGGGUGCUGCCCUCCAACCAGGUCCACUAUCUGGUUGCUGGGGUCUGGGUGGGGGUCUGACCUGGGGACCUAGGGUUGACCCUUGGGGGCUUCAGGCCUGCCAUCUGACCACCACUGUGAGCCCACCAGGCCCGCUGCCCAUGAGAGCAUGAGUGAGCAGGAGAGGGAGACAGAGGAAGGUGAGGGAGAGGGCGCUUCAGACACAACACCCAUGCUGCCCCGAAGGCUUCCUGACUGCCAGGGCUCAGCCCUGAUGUCCCCAAGGUGGGCAGGCCUGGCUGCGGGAGGCCUCGGGACCCUGCUGCUGCGCGGCCGGGCGCUGGCCGGGCUCCUGCUCCACCUGCUGCUGCCCACGACCGUGUUCCUGCUGGUGCUGCUCCCAGCAGCCGCCACCGUCUACCUGGGAUUCCUGUGCCACUCGAGGGUCCACCCGGCGCCCCGCCCCGCGUGCCGCGUGCUGCUCUCGGACCGCGGCUCGGCUGCGCUCAUCGUGCUGGGCUUCCUCUCUCUGCCUCCGCUGCUCGUGCUCGCUUCGGCUGCCCGCGCCCGCCUGGCCCGGUGCCUCCGCCCGCUGUUGCCGCCCCCGGCCUGGAGCCCCGGACCCCGCUGCCACUCAGGGUCCGGCGACGGGGGGCGGGCAGGACGCCCCACCGACGAGGAGGAGCAGCUCUGCGCCCGGGUGUGACCCCCAGAGGCCUCUCCAAAGGACCCUGAAACUUCCAGAUCCUGGGAGAUGCCGAACUC